CCAACGUUUCUCCAAUCCGCUCGCUCAUACUUCCUUUCUUAGCGGUGGCUAUAAACUGAGCAGGGAAACUUACUUGCAACUGGCUUUUUGUUGGAGGAACGCCUUCUUGUUCACACAAGAUUACAGCCUAGAAGGACAUGGCUCAGCGCUGCCUGUGGAUCUGGCUCCUUUUCCUGCAAACCUGUCUGGAAGCAGAAGGAAGUGACACAGACGUCUUCACGGUGAUUGGGAUUCUGGGGGAGUCAGUCACUUUCCCCUUAAAUAUCGAAAAAUCACAGCAAGUUGUCAACAUUGUUUGGAACUCUGAAACAUCUGUUGCUUUUGUAACGCCAGGAGACUCAGGAACAGCACCCAAAGUUACUGUGACCCACCAAAAUUAUAAUGACCGAAUAAAUGUCUCACGUAAGAACUACAACCUGGAGAUCAGUAAUCUGAGGAUGGAAGAUUCAGGCAUCUACAAAGCCGACAUAAAUACAAAGACCCUCGAAGGGAUGAUCACCACCACCAGGCACUACAGGCUUCAGGUCUUCCGUCGGCUUGGGAAGCCAAAAAUUACGCAGAGUUUAAUGACAUCUGUGAACAGCACAUGUAAUGUCACCUUGACAUGCUCUGUGGAGGAAGAAGAAGAGAAUGUCACAUAUAGUUGGAGUCCCCCGGGGGAAGCGGGGAAUGUAGUUCGAAUCUUCUGGACCCCCGACAACCAAGAGCUGACCUACACGUGCACAGCCUGGAACCCCGUGAGCAACAGCUCAGACUCCAUCUCUGCCCAGCAGCUCUGUGCAGACACUGCAACAGGCCUCCAUUCUCGCCACACUGGGCUGCUGAGCGGGCUGGCGGUGCUCUUUCUCUUUAUACUCAUUGUGCCUUCGGUACUUUUGUUCCUUUUGUGCAAAAGAGGACAAGGUUCCUUCUUGAAGUCCUUCAGUAAGAACUCUGAUGCCAUCUCAAAGAAAACAAUAUACACCUACGUCAUGGUUACGAGAGAUGCCCCGCCAGCAGAGGGCAGAAUCUAUGAUGAAAUCCCCCAAUCCAAGGAGCUCCCUGACAAGGAGGAGCCAGUGAACAAGGUUUAUUCCACAUUGCAGACUGGUAAGAUGGGGAAAACCAGCUCUCAGGACGGCAAACCUCCUGGAACCUAUGAAAAUGUGAUCUAAGCUCAUGGCCAGCAUUCUCCCUGUGGACACUGAGCUUCAACAACCAUCGAUACCCCGGCAGAUGCCCCGGACCCAGACUUUCUCUGCGCACGUCUUACCUGGAGAUUGCAAACCAUCACGCCCCAAUCUGUGACUUUUUUGUGACUGGAGGUGCUGAGCCUUCCCAGCAACCCCCUAUGUAGACAGGAUUGGUAUUUUGCAUGCCUGUACCCAGCCAUGGCAUGCCACCUAGGAGGCUCUGAUCAUACUCAAUGUCGUGGGGAGCCCCGGUGCACGACCUCCACAGUCCACACAGCACGUGAGACAAAUGAGACAAAAGCACCCUUCCCCCGAGGCACAUGCGGCCCCUCCCAAGCACGUGGCUUGAUGAGUAGAGUGUGGGCUGCACUUCAGUCUCUACGUGCCCCUUUGCCCAGGAACCUUUGUGCAGGGGCGGCUGGCUGGCCAUGCUGUCGCAUGGGAAGCCAUGGGAGCUAUGGCUCUUGGCUGUGCGGACACACUAUCCAAACGGAGGGUUGGAGAAUGCUCCUUCUGUAGGGACUGGACAGCUGCGGCAUUUUUCUUCAGGCUCUACUUCGGAAGCCUCAUAAGAUUUUCUUUCUGGCCAAGCUUUCAACUUGACUGGGCCAUUUAUGGGGUGACCAGACAUUGGUUAAACACGAUUCUGGGGGGAUCUAUGAGGGCAUUUCUGGAUGAGAUUAACAUUCGGAUUGGUAGAUUGAGUAAAGCAGAUUAAUCCCUGCUCCCAUACGGGUGCAUAUCACCAGAUCCAUCAAGAGCCUGAAGAAGAAGAGGACAGAGUAGGGGAGAAUUAAUUCUCUCUGCCUGGCCAUCUUAGAGCUGGGAUAUCAGUCCUCCUGCUUUAGGACUUGGACUUGGACUGGAACUUGCACCAUCAGCUCUCCUGGUUCUCAGGCCUUUGGACUUAUGCUGGAGAACUACACCAUCAGCAGUCCAGCUGCAGACCCUGGGAUUUCUCAAUCUUCAUAAGCACACAAGCCAGCUCCUUGUUAUAUCUGUUUCCUGUUGGUUCCAUUUCUCUGAAGAACCAGACUAAUACCUAUUCCAAGCAGCCUCGGCAAGAAGAAGAGACCGUCCCCAGUACCCCAUUCACCAAAAGGACUUGACCAGCUAUACUUAUGACACUUUAGGGGAGCUGAGUACAACCCAACCAUCGAAACAAGAGACCUUAAAAGAAGUGGGUCAUUCUUCAGAGGGAACUUGGCAGAUGAUGGUGUAGAUGAUGAAACUGGCUUCGCCUCACCUCUGUUACUAAGGUUCAGUCCAGAGAGUCACUGCUUCACGCUUUGGUUCGAUGCCCCUGCGCCCCUGCUACCAGCGCUGAGGAGGAAUCACCCAUGGCUGAGCAGAACAUUCAAGUGAUCAUAUGAAGAACUGUUUCCCUUAUGUGUGAGCACCCAUAGCCAGUUAAAUCCUAAGUCCGCGUGAACAAUCCCAGGCUGGGCAGCAGAAGUGAGCUGCAUUUAGGCAGAAGGAAGGUGUUAGUUUCAGUGAAUGGUUCCAUCGAGCCAUCUAGCCCUGACCACCAUUAGCACUGUGUCGGGGGAUGCAAGACCCUCAAAGUAUCAGAUGAGCAUAAUGUCUGCCCUGGUCUAGCUGCCCUGUGCAAGGCAAGCACGGACACUACAGUUAAAUGCUGAAUUACACGUUUUGGGGAGUGGCAGCAGCUAGUACGGUCAGGGAAGGCUUCACGAAGGAGGUGGAGCUGAAGCUGCGCUCUGGAGGAAGGGUAGGAUCUGGCUGAGAAUGGAGAAGACAGAAGGCAUCCAACCGAGGAAAGCACAAGAAAGAAGCAGAGGCCGAAUCGGCGUGAUGUGUUUUGGGCACCACCCCAGAUGCACGGAGCACGUUCACAGUCCCUUGCCUACGAUGGCAGAGUGCCUCUGCUUUGGUGUGCCCCCCAACCCCCAGCCCUUUCCACACACAUCAACGCUCAGCUCAAAUGUCACCUCCUCUGUGAAGCUCUCCCUGGCAUCACUGGUCAAAUUAAUUAUGGCUUUUUUUGCCCUCCUUUCCCCCCCUUGGUCCUUAUAUCACUGCAACUCAUUUCUUUCUGCCUCACGGUAUAGAUCAUUAUUUGUUUCCUUCACACUGUACAUACUGAAGGGCAAGAUCCAUGACUUCAUGACCAUGGAGAGUGAUCAUGUGCGAUGAGAGUUUUAGUCCCCUGUGCAUCCACCACCAGCCAACGUUGUGCCUUGUACCCUGCCUGUGAGCAAUAAAUGCUAUUGAAUAGAAUUGAAAAUGACCAGCCAGCUCAAAUAGAAGGUACACGUUGCAAGUAUUGAUAGACAGAAGCCAAGAAGCAUAGUGGAAUCCAAUUAUGGCAAGCGUUAAAUGUCAGAAUGCAGGGGCGCCUGGGUGGCUCAGUUGGUUAAGCGACUGCCUUCGGCUCAGGUCAUGAUCCUGGAGUCCCGGGAUCGAGUCCUGCAUCGGGCUCCCUGCUCGGCGGGGAGUCUGCUUCUCCCUCUGACCCUCCUCCCUCUCAUGCUCUCUGUCUCUCAUUCUCUCUCUCGCAAAUAAAUAAAAAUCUUAAAAAAAAAAAAAAGAUUUAAAUGUCAGAAUGCAGACGUCAGUGUAAGUACUAGUUCUUGGAGGGAAUUUUGGAGGGAAAAGACUCUCAGAGUUAGACCAGCGAAGACAUCACCUGAAGCCAUGAACCAGGUGUGAGUGAAAGGCAGUCACUCCAGGGAGGGACAUGAAGGAAGAAAUAAGGAGACCUGUCAUAAGGAUGGAGAAGUUCCAAAGGGACACCGAACAGGCUGGGCUUCCCCUAAAAUAAAAGCAUGCCUCACCUUUGUGUGAGCUGAGGGACCGCUCCUGAACAUGGUCCUUCUCUGAACUGUCCUUGCUUCUCCCUGGUGCGCUCACCCAGUGAAACUGCUGGUGUCUUACAGCCCCACUGGCAAGUAGGGGAGAGGAAUAGAACCAGAGGCAAGAGUUCCUUGGGUUUUCCAGGAGAACAAGCCUGGGAAGGAACUAGUACCCAGGAAUUCUUCAUGUGGCCUUUGGGAUUUGGGACCACUGAGCUCCUGUCUCUCACUUUCUUUUCUCUGACUCUUCUGAUCUAUGAAGAUAUAAGCUACUCACCCCAUCUCUAGGGGCUUGGUUCUCAGAUUCUCCUUCUGUGAAAUGGGUGUGAUCUCAUGCAUCACACUAAGAUGGGCCAGUUUUUACGAAAGUGCAUUGAAAUUGGAAUCUUAGGGGUAGGGCCCUCUAGUGGCAAGUGCCGGUAAGGCAGCACAAGCCAGGCACCUGUGGGUCCACAUGGGCUUUCAGCAGAGAACAGGGAACAGGAGAAACAGUGCAGCGAAUG